AUGCAAGCUCCACAAAAGUUUACAACGAACGGUGCAAUCCAGCUGUACCACGCCAUCACCGCGGAAAAAGCCAACGAGUAUCGCAACCGAGCCCACACCGACUUCAAUCUCGAGCGCGACUCCAACCUCGAGUGGUCUCCCGAUGCUUUCGCCGCCGCGCAGCCAGCCCUCUACCGGAAGCAAGCGUUUCUACCAGAGCAAGAGGGUCGUGCCUUCUUAGUGCACUACAGGACGUUUCUCCCGCUUUCUCAAGCCAACGACUUGCGGUUUGUUGAAACUGUUCCUGACAAUCCACGCUGGGUGACUGUGGAUCCUUGCUCCGUCGCUGGUUUCAUGCUGAUAGCGCUGCCGGAUGGCACCUGCCUCCAUGUGUUCGGUUGGAACGCCCAAAUCGCGCUGAAGUCGGAUCUGCAGAAGAUUUACCUUAACAAGGGCGACAUGAUCUUGCUUCGAGGGGAUUGCAUCUACGCACCCGUUGGCAAAGACUCAGCGAACAUUUGUCUCCACGCAUACCUGGAUAUGCCGACGUACCAGCACGAUCUAUUUCACGAACCGCAGCUGGUGCCGUAUUUUGACAACACGUGCAUCAAGAACGAUCCACACGCACGCUGA